CACAAUGAGGUCACAAAAUAGAGCACAGCACAUACCAACGCUAGACUGGUGGAGUCAUGCCGUGUACAAAAUGACAAACCUCUCCCUGACGCUGGCUUUACUCUGCACCCUCAGGUGGAUCUGUGUGUCUGUUUCUGAGUUUCACACUGUGGAGGUUCGACCUGGUGAAGAAGUCACACUGACAUGUUCCAACUUUAGCAGUUUUCCUUCUAACAUCCACUGGUUCAAACUGGCCGAUGGAACCAGUGUUAGACAAAUCUCGUCUAUGUCCUCUUCUGUGACAGGUGCUAUUUUAUAUGGUGAAUUUCAAAACGGAAGAUUUACAAUGACAUCCAACACUAUAAGAUUAUAUCUAAACAUUACAAAAGUGGGCUUAAAUGACUCUGGAUUGUAUUUCUGUGGACGCUACAAACAAGGAGAAUCAGUCAUUUCCAGUGCAACCUAUUUGCAGGUUAAAGGUAAUGGUGUAUCGAAUUUUAAGACAGAAGGAGGUGGAACUACCAACCUACUGACUGUGACUUUGGGCAGUCUGAAUGUUUUUUUCAUGAUACUCAUUGUUGGUUUUGUUGUUAAAAUCUGGCAGCUUCAUACAGCGGCAAAGGAAGGAUUGAACGCUGACAGAUACAAGACUUGGGGCUCUUCUCACAUGAACUCUGCAGUACGGAGGUUCCAUCCAGAUGUUAUGAGAAGGAGAAGCCACGUUGAUGAAGAAGCAGUGGAAACUCAUGUUACUUAUUGCUUUGUAUGAGUUUUGGAGGAAUAUGUGUGACCGAUGUAUGUCUUAUCUGCAUUAAUCACACUCUGGAACUCAUGUGGUGGUAACAGCUCAAAGAGUGUUUAUUCUGCAUCAUUGAACAGAAAAGGGGUACAGGAGACAGUGCACAUUAACUCAGAUAUGUUUGGACCAAAGCACAUGGUCUGUCUGUGUCAUAGGAAUCCUCCAGCACACUGAGUACCGGUACUAGUAUUAGUAUACUAUACAGUGUUCUGAUUGCUUUACAUAUAUUGAUCGUAUAGUGGAUUUGAUACAGUUAAAUUAAAAUGAAAUAAAUCAAAUGUCUAAUAUAUAAAAUAUAGAAAAUGUAAAAUGCAUGUAGUAUCUUUUUACCAUGAACUGUUACUGUUUUUUAUAUAUUAUUUUAUCUUACUUAUCAAAUACAAUGAAUUUGCACAAAACAUGAAAUUGUGACACUCAACAUACCUGCAGCAUUGAACAGAAAGGGGGUACAGGAGACAGUGCACAUUAACUCAGAUAUGUGUGGACCAAAGCACAUGGUCUGUCUGGGAAAACAACAAUACAACCUGUCAGCUACUUGUACGGGAGACAGGUUU